AUGAGCUCUCCUGAACCAGAGGAUAAUGAUUUCCAAUUCGUUCACCAGACUGAAUUGAGGUCAUUACAGUAUAUAUCGAGAGAAAAUAACGUUGUUAAUGAUGAAGCUUCAGAAAAUAAUGAGUCUGGAGGACAUUUGGUGGUUCCACAAUCGACCAAUGAAUCCACUCAACUCCAACGAUUUCAAACGAAUAACCCAAGGCCAUUUGGCGAAUCAUCUUCGUCACAAAUUUUCAAACAUCAUCUUAAGAAAUUGCAUGUAGCUGUCAACAAGAUUUUGGAAGUUGACCGAUCAUCCAAACACAAAAGUUUAUCAAAAAAGAACUUUAAAAGCAAUCAGGAAGCUUAUGAUAAAAUGUUGGAUGCUGUUCGAGAGCUCGGAUCUUUUGUUGUCCAACGUCAGAAUGCACCAUCCUCUAGCGGUGAUCAUUCUCGAACUCUAGAGGAAAUGAAAUUUCGUUUUUCUAAAAGAGUACGCUCUAAGAGUACAACCUAUGAUGAUCCAAUCAGUCAUGGAUUAAGUCCAUCUAGCAAAACGAAACAUUUACCUAAGUCAACCAGACGUACAACAUCACUAACUAAACGUUCAAAAUCACCAUAUCAACGUUCAGCAUCUAGUCACCCGGUGUCUAAUAGCAGACAGUCAUAUCAUGCAAAGCAGUUAAAUAAUAUUGAGAAUGUUAAAAUACUUCAUCAUGCAAAGACAACAUACAAAGUUCCAACAAGUCAAACCAUUAAUACGAACACAGAUCCGGUGACUGAAAAUGUUGUAUCUACACAGAAAUGUACAGAUCCAGAGAUCGCUUGUUUAGAAGCUGAAUUAUCUCACCGUGAUACUCUUAUUCAAUACCUUUCUGAACAAUUAUCAAAAUUAUAUCAAGACAAUGAUAGAAUAUUUGCUGAAUAUGAAUUUCAAGAGGCGAAUCUAACCAAUCAUUUACGUUUAUUACGAUCUCGUCUAACUGAGACAAGUGAUAAUCUAUCACGUCGACCACCACCGCCUACUUCAACUACUACCAGUCAUCAUGAUCCUACCAAGGUUUAUCUUCAUACAACACAGUCUGUAACCCAGUCAGUAAUAUCUCAACAGAUUAAUUUUAAUGUUACUGAUUCCCUAGUUCAUAAUUUUGCCACAGAACUUAAUCAUCAGCUGAAGACAACUAUGGAUGACAACCAUUCAGGCCAACAACAGCAACAAAAUACCUCAUUAUUCUUAGUCGAAUUACAAGAACUUGGUAUGGCUAUACAAAAUCUGUUAACCUAUUGGGAGAUAAAAAGUAAAGAAAUUAAUUAUCCUGUUGUAUGUCAACAAUUUUUUCAAUCUUUAAUAAAUUUUUUCAAAAUUUCACUCAAUUAUUCAUUGACUAAACCAUCGUCUGUAUCCGUGUCAACGUCAACAUCAGCGUCGCCGCCACCUCUACAACCAGAACCUCAGCUGUUGUUGAAUUCAAAUUUAGACGAGUUAAAAUUAAGAGCUGAAACAGCUGAACAACAAGUUUAUCAUUUAUCAAAUGAAAUAAAAAGCUAUGAAUUCCAGUUGAGACAAUUGAAUGAGCAAUUUAAUCGAAGGGUUGAACAAGAAGUUGUUGAGAGAUUGAAACAAACCGAUCGAUUAUCCAUGCUGGAUGAUAAUAGCGUGUCAAUGUUGUCUUCAACAACUUUUCAAUCAGGAGGAGUAGAAGGCGGCGAAGAAGUAGAAGAUGAAGAAGGAGGAUUACAAGCGCCAGCUAUCGCUACCACUACAACAAAGGAUUCUAAACCUCAGAUGGCGCCGCCACUUCCACCGUCAUCCGUUGGUAAAAUAUAUAAACAUCCUUUAAAAUUGAUGUCAUCAAAAACUGCUGAUGAAUCGACUAUACCAGUACAGGCAAUCCCUGUACCAAUGGCUUCAUCAACCUCAGCAGCAACCACAACCUCAACAACGAUGUCUGACAACCGUUCAAUCAAUGAUUUACUUCAACGUAUUUGGGCAUGUUUAUUAUCAAGAGAAUCAGAAUUAAAAUGUAUGGAAGAAGUACAAAAAUCAAAAUUAUGGUUAGUUAAGAAGGAAGAAUAUGAAACAUUAUUUGAGGCUUAUAAAAUUAUUGAACAAUUCCAGUUGAGUCAGCAACAACAACAGGAACAGCAACAGCAGAAUGACUUCACGUCUUCUUCUCCCCCUUCUUCCCUUUCAACAAAUGUCUAUUUGAAACCAGAACCAGUCAUAGUAGAGAUUGAUACAAGAUCGAGUCAAGCAGCAGCAGCAGCUAAUGGAAUUCCUGCCACAUCUAUGCCUCUUGAUCCAAAGAAUGAUGACGUCAGUGCUUCAACAGCAGAUAGCCAGACACACCAUGAUUUGCCUGAUCAACCGACGACAACAACACCAGGAGUAUUCUCCUCCUCCUCCUCAUCAACUUAUAAUAAAGAUGAAUGGGAAGAAAUUGUCACUGUUAGAUCGAUAAGAAAAGAGAAAUCGUAUUCAACAAAAUAUUCUACAAAAUCAUUACAGUUGACAGAUAAUUCUACAUCAACAAGUGAUUUAAUACUAGAUGGUACUACGAAUGAACAAGGAGAAGUACAACAGAAACAACAAGAAGCCGAUAAAGAAUGUAAACCAAAAGAGGAUCAUAUCAUAUCAUUACACAAUCGUGUUGAAAUGAUCCUAGUCAAUACAAGUGUUAUACGUGAGUUACAAGGAAAGUUAAAUUCGCUGAAAUAUUCUCACUUACAAUUAAUUAAUCAAUUUCAUAAUUUUAAUCAAUUAAUAUCUAAUCAAUUAGAAUGUGUUCAGGUAAUGUUUAAUCGAUAUAGUGAACAAUACACCAUAACUACUGAUGAGACACUGCGAGUACGAAACACAUUAGAAGGUGAAGAGAAAGCACGAGGAGAAAGAGAAGAAGAAGAUGUUGUCAUAGUUGUCAACAAUCAAAAUUGGUGGUCAAAUGAGCCUGACCUAUCAACAACAAAUGAGGCUUAUUUGAAAGAAUUAUCUGAAUUAAAGCUAAAAUAUGAGAAUCUACAAGAUCAGUUGUCUAAAUCUGAAGAAGAAUCACACGCAUUGAAAGCUAAUCUACAAGAUAUUGAAAAUCAGUUGAAGUUAUCGAUUUCAGAGAAUCAGCUGACCGAUUUGAAAGAAGCGAUAGAAUUAGUCGAUUGUGAGAAUAGUGCUUAUGUGAGAAGAUAUAUGUUUAGCGCAUAUAUUGAUUAUGUGAAUCAAAUUAUACAUGAACAUAAAACUAGCUGUCGUCUACCGUAUAGUUAUCAGCCUAGUCAGGAACAUACAGUACAAGAUAAUGUAAGUGUUGUUGUAUCACAAAUAGAAAAUCAAUAUGAUCAAUCCGAUUAUCAAUUAUGCACAUUGAAUGAAUCAAUACAUCGUAUUAGUGAAUUACAUCAACUUCUCUUGCAACAUCAUCAACAACAACAACAAGAACAGUCGAGGAAUCAGCGGCAGCAGCAAAGUAGCUUCCCCGUAGAUAUUGAACAAGAUCAAUAUCCAUUUAGUCAAGAAAUCGAUAAAUUACUAGAUGAUGAUAAAACGGAAAGUGUCACUUUGAGUCAAAGUGAAUUCACUCAGAGAUUGGGGCAUGCUAUAAAUGUCAUUUAUGAAGAAUUAAUUCGAUGUCAAAGACUUGUUGAUAAGUUGUUGAAUGAAAAAGCCAACCACUGUAAUAUUAUCAGCCAACAAGCACAUGAGAUACAACAAUUGAACACGAGACUGAUAGCAAUUCAGAACGAUUCAACCAGACAAAUCUAUCCUUCAGAUGAUAUUGCUCAACACUGGGAAUACACUCAAACAUAUAUACCCCAUAAACCUGCAGAAGACAGUACUCCACGGAACGAUAUUCUCGACCAAUUCAUCGAAAUUCAACGAGUAUCGCCCUCCAUGAAAUCCACUAAUCAACAGGAACAGACAGGAGUCACACAUCUCGAUGAACCGUCUAAACCCUCACUAUCCGAAUAUAACGCAUUGGACGAGAUGUGUAGAGAUUUGCAGCGUGCACUGGACACACGAUCAUCGGAGUUGGAGACAGUAGUUGAGAAAAUGAGAGGAUGUGAAUCAGUGAAUGCAGCGUUGAGGCGUGAGUGUGAGUUGUUGAAGCAUCGUGUAGAGAAGUACACAAGGGUGACGACUGAUCUGGAGAAUGAUGUGAGUCGAGCGAAGGCACUUCUGCCAGUAGUUGUGAAUGAGCUGAGAGACUUGCGCAUCGACUAUGCAGAUUGGUGUAGAGAACACGAAGAACGAGUUGGUGAGUGCAUUGAAGCUGUUGGGACAGCACUAUCAGCAUCAGUUCCUGUAUCAUCGUCAUCGGAUGAUGUUGGUGGUGGUGUGGUUGAACGUGUGGACCGUGAUUGUGGAACGAGUGAUUGGCCAGAGGAGUUGUUGGAUGCUUCUGUGAGCGAAAUGAGAAGACUGUGCGAUUCGAACCGUGAGCUGUCAGAGGAUCUGUGUAAGUACCGAGAAUUGUGUGAUAAACAAGCGUCGGAGAUAUCAUCGAUGCAGAUAGCUUUGCGUGAAGCAGUUGAGCAAGCGUCAUCGUCACACAAUGAACUGGAGGCUUCUAGACAGGAGAAAGUGAGCGAGCUGUCAGAGUUGGAGAGACGACUGGCUGUUUCGAGAGAGGAGUGUUGUGCAUUACAGGAUGAAGUGAACCGACUUGAGAAGUCGAUAGAAGAGAAUUGUAAGACAGCGGUUGCAAUAGCCAGUCGAGACUGGGAGUUGCACAUAGAGCAAGUGACGAGUGAACGUGACACUGCGCUUAGAGAGUUGGAGGAACUACGUGGAAGACUGGAUGCAGCAGAGAGUGUGAAGAUUCGAGGUGUUGAAGAAGCAGAAGCACAAGCAGAAGCUGGAACAGUAGCAGGCGAAGAAGCGGUGAGGAGAGUGAUGACAAGCGAUGUGAGAACUGAGAAAGUCAUCGAGUGUGUCAUUGAACAUGAUGUUGCCUUGUCGUCAGGAUUGACACGUGACUGGAGAGAGACUGUGAGCGUGGGAGUUGGUCAUGAUGUUGACGACGACGACGAGUUGAUUGGCGGAACGGUAGUUGACGGUUGGAGCGACUACAAGUUGGAGUGGAGCGCUACUGGUGAUGAGGACAAGUGGCCGGCGAGUGUACCGAGUAGUGUUGUAUUUGUGGAUGCAGGCACUCAGGUGGUGGUUAGUGAGUUCCCGUUGAUCAGUGGUGAUGAGAGUUUGUCAAAAUCAGAGUCAGGUGUUGUUGGUGUGGUGGAUGAUGGUGUAGAUGCGACUGGUGUUGUUGAAAUGGAGGCGGUGGCUUCGGUGUCGGCGGCGGCGGCGGCGGCGUCAGAGGAGGAAUCGCGUAAGUCGAUGGACGAGCUACGUGCAGAGUUGGCCUUCUGCUAUGACCAGAUAGCGACGCUAUCGAGAUGUGUGGAGGAGAGCGGUGACUCGUUGAGAGAUGUGCGUCAUUUGUUGAGUGUGAAGGAGAGAGAGGUAGCUGAACUGGAGGAGGAGAAGCGUCGUUUGUCGGUGGAGGUGAGUGAGGGUCAUGAGACACUGUGUGCAGAACGACGCGAUUUGGAGAUGCUUCGUGCGAAUGUUUCUGCGUUGGAGAAGGAGAUGGAGGUGAUGACGAGGCGGCGACGGGAUAUUGAGAGUGGUGUAUCAGAUGGUGUUGUUGGAGAGGAAGUGUGUGUGCAAACGGAGAUGGAGGAUGUCUUCGACUUGGUGUCGAAGCUUCAGCUGGAAGUGUCUCGUCUGCGUAGUGCGCAAUUGAAUGUAACAAGUUCCAUGGAAGUAUGUGAUAGGCUUCCUGUUUUGGAAUCUUCGCCAUGGAUUGUUUCUGUUCCGCCUGCUAUUUGUGUGAGUGAAUCGUCGUCUUUUGUCUACCCUUCGGCGUCUGUUUCACUACAGGCCAGUAAACCUACAUCAGAUUCUAGCAUGUCUAUUCGAAUUGUUCCUCCUGUUAUUGAUUCUCAGGGCUGUUUCUCACUUCCUUCUGAAUAUCAAAAGCUUCCUGCUGCUAGCGAUGUUGUUUCUUCAGUCCCCUCAUUUGAAAUGACUCCAAUUAUUUCGUCGACUCUGGCUUCUUCUUUAUCUAGUGACCUUGUCACGCAUCGUGAUUCACUUUCAGUUGUCUCCACAUCUUCGUAUAUCUCUUCAGUUCCUUCGUAUAAAUGUGAAACAGUUGAAGCUAGUAUCCCACCGCCUCCUGUUAGACACUUCUCUACUCACCCUAUAAUUGAAAUUUCUAAAGAAUAUUCAAUUUCACUACUGAAGACAGAUGUCGGGGAAGCUUCUAAUGUUGUUCUCAGUUCGCCCAGUAAAUGGGAUGUCGAGGAUACCGGAAUAAACCUAACCACCUCAUUGGGAAACCAAAAUGUCGUUGAAGAAUCUGCCACAGAUGAAUCGAAUCUUCUUAUGUAUCUACCGAAAGAUUCAAGUAUGAUGUCGUCAACUAGUCAAAUUUCCCUUGAAUCUAAGGCCAUCACAUUUGAUCAAUCGACUGAUGAUGGAAUGAGGAGGGAUAUGUGCUUAGAACCUGAUACUUUGUCCAGUCGACAGCUUAAAUCAUCAGUCCCUGAAAUAUUUUUGACAUUACAACGGCCACAACCACCAACACAACGAUCUGCUCAAGAUAUUUUUGAAGAGACAGACAAUAUUUCUGAAAUGUUAUUCACUCCUUCAGUAGUAGUGAAUACUACUGUCACUUUGGAUCCAUUGGGAGAAACGUAUCAGAAAGCCUCAAUGCCAGAGUUAUUCUGUCAAGCAAUAGAAAGCGACACUCAUCUUCAAGAUGAGAAAAUGCUAAUCAAUUCACUUAUACCACCACCACCUCGACUUCCUACAAGAGUCACUCUCAGUGAUUCAAAGUUCCAGUCUUCAGUACAUCCUAAAGAAGUAUAUAAGACAAUUGUCCCUGAGGAGACUAAAACAUCAGAGCCUACUAGACUAUCAUCCUCGGUUGAACCAGAUAACAAUGAAAGUCAAUUCUACGCUAAGCCUACAGAAUACAUAUCCAAAGAAUUUAGAAGUAUAUACGACGGAGGGAUAACACAUCCUUUAGACAUGAUGGACGACACCACCAAUGUGGUACAACCAUCACAGAUAUUUAAUCCAUUAGGAGAAGAAGAUGAACAUCAGACAAUUGAAAUUCAGGCAGAAAUACACCGAAGCGACAUCGUGUCGUCGUCAGCAAGGCAAUCGAGUAGUCCUCUACCGAGUGGAACAAAAGUUGAUGAAACUCCUGCUUAUGCAUCUACGAUACUUGAAACAUCUCAAAGAUGGAGUGAUGAAAUACCCACAUUAGAAGAUAAUCAACGCACAAGUGACAAAUUCACAAACUUACCAUUCUCUGUAACACAAAACGAUGCACCAAGCACCGAAAAUAUGAACCUACAACCAACAAUAAUAAAUAAUCAAUUAGAUAUCAAUCAAACCGAUCAAGCAUAUCAUUACCAUACCAAAAAUUACCACUACACUGAAGACAAAAGUACAAAAUAUACGCGAGAUGAACAGCAAGCAGAAAGCCAGACAACAGAAAGAAUACCGACCGAACAAACACCUACGAGUACCAAAAAUAACCUGGAAACGAUAACUGAAAUAAACAUAUACAAAACAAAAAUAAUCACAAAAGAAAAGAUAAUUUCUAAGGAAAUAACAGUGAACAAAAUAACGACACCGGAGAAACCAAUAUAUCCAGAAACCUGUCAAACACAUACUAUAUCAGAUAACGUUAUUCAACAACAUUCCGACGAAACCGAACCAGAUAUUCUUCCGGAUCGACUUCAGCCACAGGCUAGUGACUCAAGUGUUGUGGGCGUUCCAGACGAGGAAGUGAUCUCACCUGUUCGUGUGAUUCAGAGUCAGACAAGACCAGUGAGUGAGGAUGCAGAACUCGACGUGUUGAGUACAGAUAGUCUGAGAGAGAGACUGAGGGAUGCGAUGAACAGAAUCAGUGAACUUGAGAAUGCCAAGGCAGAGCUCAGUGUGCGUGUAUGUGAGCUGGAAGGUGUCGUUGUGUGUGACGACAAGUCGACGAGUGUGGGUGAGAGUUUGUCAAAGGAGGUUGAAGAGGCUGUCGCCUUAUCGAAACACAAUGAGGAUCUGAAGAGAGAGGUGGACUUGUUGCGAAACAGUGUAUCAGAACGCACGACACUGUUGGACGAUGUGUGCGUGGAGAUGAAUGAGAUUAGAGGAUCACUGGGCUCCCUGUUGAGUCAGGUGAGAGAUUUGCGUGCAGCACAUACGGAAGCGAACGCCGAUCGAGCCGACAUGGCGAACAAACUGAUUGAAUAUGAACGGGCUGCAGUUUGCUUGGAUUCAGCUGCCGAUGAACCGUCGAAACCUUCACUAUCCGAAUAUAACGCAUUGGACGAGAUGUGUAGAGAUUUGCAGCGUGCACUGGACACACGAUCAUCGGAGUUGGAGACAGUAGUUGAGAAAAUGAGAGGAUGUGAAUCAGUGAAUGCAGCGUUGAGGCGUGAGUGUGAGUUGUUGAAGCAUCGUGUAGAGAAGUACACAAGGGUGACGACUGAUCUGGAGAAUGAUGUGAGUCGAGCGAAGGCACUUCUGCCAGUAGUUGUGAAUGAGCUGAGAGACUUGCGCACCGACUAUGCAGAUUGGUGUAGAGAACACGAAGAACGAGUUGGUGAGUGCAUUGAAGCUGUUGGGACAGCACUAUCAGCAUCAGUUCCUGCAUCAUCGUCAUCGGAUGAUGUUGGUGGUGGUGUGGUUGAACGUGUGGACCGUGAUUGUGGAACGAGUGAUUGGCCAGAGGAGUUGUUGGAUGCUUCUGUGAGCGAAAUGAGAAGACUGUGCGAUUCGAACCGUGAGCUGUCAGAGGAUCUGUGUAAGUACCGAGAAUUGUGUGAUAAACAAGCGUCGGAGAUAUCAUCGAUGCAGAUAGCUUUGCGUGAAGCAGUUGAGCAAGCGUCAUCGUCACACAAUGAACUGGAGGCUUCUAGACAGGAGAAAGUGAGCGAGCUGUCAGAGUUGGAGAGACGACUGGCUGUUUCGAGAGAGGAGUGUUGUGCAUUACAGGAUGAAGUGAACCGACUUGAGAAGUCGAUAGAAGAGAAUUGUAAGACAGCGGUUGCAAUAGCCAGUCGAGACUGGGAGUUGCACAUAGAGCAAGUGACGAGUGAACGUGACACUGCGCUUAGAGAGUUGGAGGAACUACGUGGAAGACUGGAUGCAGCAGAGAGUGUGAAGAUUCGAGGUGUUGAAGAAGCAGAAGCACAAGCAGAAGCUGGAACAGUAGCAGGCGAAGAAGCGGUGAGGAGAGUGAUGACAAGCGAUGUGAGAACUGAGAAAGUCAUCGAGUGUGUCAUUGAACAUGAUGUUGCCUUGUCGUCAGGAUUGACACGUGACUGGAGAGAGACUGUGAGCGUGGGAGUUGGUCAUGAUGUUGACGACGACGACGAGUUGAUUGGCGGAACGGUAGUUGACGGUUGGAGCGACUACAAGUUGGAGUGGAGCGCUACUGGUGAUGAGGACAAGUGGCCGGCGAGUGUACCGAGUAGUGUUGUAUUUGUGGAUGCAGGCACUCAGGUGGUGGUUAGUGAGUUCCCGUUGAUCAGUGGUGAUGAGAGUUUGUCAAAAUCAGAGUCAGGUGUUGUUGGUGUGGUGGAUGAUGGUGUAGAUGCGACUGGUGUUGUUGAAAUGGAGGCGGUGGCUUCGGUGUCGGCGGCGGCGGCGGCGGCGUCAGAGGAGGAAUCGCGUAAGUCGAUGGACGAGCUACGUGCAGAGUUGGCCUUCUGCUAUGACCAGAUAGCGACGCUAUCGAGAUGUGUGGAGGAGAGCGGUGACUCGUUGAGAGAUGUGCGUCAUUUGUUGAGUGUGAAGGAGAGAGAGGUAGCUGAACUGGAGGAGGAGAAGCGUCGUUUGUCGAUGGAGGUGAGUGAGGGUCAUGAGACACUGUGUGCAGAACGACGCGAUUUGGAGAUGCUUCGUGCGAAUGUUUCUGCGUUGGAGAAGGAGAUGGAGGUGAUGACGAGGCGGCGACGGGAUAUUGAGAGUGGUGUAUCAGAUGGUGUUGUUGGAGAGGAAGUGUGUGUGCAAACGGAGAUGGAGGAUGUCUUCGACUUGGUGUCGAAGCUUCAGCUGGAAGUGUCUCGUCUGCGUAGUGAACAAUUGACGAUGUCCAUAGCUCUCGAGCUUUCCCAGUGUGAGUUGGACAGGAAACGUGAUGAAGUGCAGAAGUUGGAAUCACGCGUUGCGGCGGUGGAGGCGAGUCGAUCCAUACCUUGUGAAGGUUUGACGAGAACGCCUGAUGUGACUGUUGAUGAGUUGACGCGAGUCGACUAUCCAGUUGAAGUGGAAGCAGCUGUUUUGUCUGGUCUUCCGGAUAGGGCGUUAGUAGAGACUGUCGUGUGUGACACAGUAGGAGACAUUGUUCCGGAUCGACUUCAGCCACAGGCUAGUGACUCAAGUGUUGUGGGCGUUCCAGACGAGGAAGUGAUCUCACCUGUUCGUGUGAUUCAGAGUCAGACAAGACCAGUGAGUGAGGAUGCAGAACUCGACGUGUUGAGUACAGACAGUCUGAGAGAGAGACUGAGGGAUGCGAUGAACAGAAUCAGUGAACUUGAGAAUGCCAAGGCAGAGCUCAGUGUGCGUGUAUGUGAGCUGGAAGGUGUCGUUGUGUGUGACGACAAGUCGACGAGUGUGGGUGAGAGUUUGUCAAAGGAGGUUGAAGAGGCUGUCGCCUUAUCGAAACACAAUGAGGAUCUGAAGAGAGAGGUGGACUUGUUGCGAAACAGUGUAUCAGAACGCACGACACUGUUGGACGAUGUGUGCGUGGAGAUGAAUGAGAUUAGAGGAUCACUGGGCUCCCUGUUGAGUCAGGUGAGAGAUUUGCGUGCAGCACAUACGGAAGCGAACGCCGAUCGAGCCGACAUGGCGAACAAACUGAUUGAAUAUGAACGGGCUGCAGUUUGCUUGGAUUCAGCUGCCGAUGAACCGUCGAAACCCUCACUAUCCGAAUAUAACGCAUUGGACGAGAUGUGUAGAGAUUUGCAGCGUGCACUGGACACACGAUCAUCGGAGUUGGAGACAGUAGUUGAGAAAAUGAGAGGAUGUGAAUCAGUGAAUGCAGCGUUGACGCGUGAGUGUGAGUUGUUGAAGCAUCGUGUAGAGAAGUACACAAGGGUGACGACUGAUCUGGAGAAUGAUGUGAGUCGAGCGAAGGCACUUCUGCCAGUAGUUGUGAAUGAGCUGAGAGACUUGCGCACCGACUAUGCAGAUUGGUGUAGAGAACACGAAGAACGAGUUGGUGAGUGCAUUGAAGCUGUUGGGACAGCACUAUCAGCAUCAGUUCCUGCAUCAUCGUCAUCGGAUGAUGUUGGUGGUGGUGUGGUUGAACGUGUGGACCGUGAUUGUGGAACGAGUGAUUGGCCAGAGGAGUUGUUGGAUGCUUCUGUGAGCGAAAUGAGAAGACUGUGCGAUUCGAACCGUGAGCUGUCAGAGGAUCUGUGUAAGUACCGAGAAUUGUGUGAUAAACAAGCGUCGGAGAUAUCAUCGAUGCAGAUAGCUUUGCGUGAAGCAGUUGAGCAAGCGUCAUCGUCACACAAUGAACUCGAGGCUUCUAGACAGGAGAAAGUGAGCGAGCUGUCAGAGUUGGAGAGACGACUGGCUGUUUCGAGAGAGGAGUGUUGUGCAUUACAGGAUGAAGUGAACCGACUUGAGAAGUCGAUAGAAGAGAAUUGUAAGACAGCGGUUGCAAUAGCCAGUCGAGACUGGGAGUUGCACAUAGAGCAAGUGACGAGUGAACGUGACACUGCGCUUAGAGAGUUGGAGGAACUACGUGGAAGACUGGAUGCAGCAGAGAGUGUGAAGAUUCGAGGUGUUGAAGAAGCAGAAGCACAAGCAGAAGCUGGAACAGUAGCAGGCGAAGAAGCGGUGAGGAGAGUGAUGACAAGCGAUGUGAGAACUGAGAAAGUCAUCGAGUGUGUCAUUGAACAUGAUGUUGCCUUGUCGUCAGGAUUGACACGUGACUGGAGAGAGACUGUGAGCGUGGGAGUUGGUCAUGAUGUUGACGACGACGACGAGUUGAUUGGCGGAACGGUAGUUGACGGUUGGAGCGACUACAAGUUGGAGUGGAGCGCUACUGGUGAUGAGGACAAGUGGCCGGCGAGUGUACCGAGUAGUGUUGUAUUUGUGGAUGCAGGCACUCAGGUGGUGGUUAGUGAGUUCCCGUUGAUCAGUGGUGAUGAGAGUUUGUCAAAAUCAGAGUCAGGUGUUGUUGGUGUGGUGGAUGAUGGUGUAGAUGCGACUGGUGUUGUUGAAAUGGAGGCGGUGGCUUCGGUGUCGGCGGCGGCGGCGGCGGCGUCAGAGGAGGAAUCGCGUAAGUCGAUGGACGAGCUACGUGCAGAGUUGGCCUUCUGCUAUGACCAGAUAGCGACGCUAUCGAGAUGUGUGGAGGAGAGCGGUGACUCGUUGAGAGAUGUGCGUCAUUUGUUGAGUGUGAAGGAGAGAGAGGUAGCUGAACUGGAGGAGGAGAAGCGUCGUUUGUCGGUGGAGGUGAGUGAGGGUCAUGAGACACUGUGUGCAGAACGACGCGAUUUGGAGAUGCUUCGUGCGAAUGUUUCUGCGUUGGAGAAGGAGAUGGAGGUGAUGACGAGGCGGCGACGGGAUAUUGAGAGUGGUGUAUCAGAUGGUGUUGUUGGAGAGGAAGUGUGUGUGCAAACGGAGAUGGAGGAUGUCUUCGACUUGGUGUCGAAGCUUCAGCUGGAAGUGUCUCGUCUGCGUAGUGAACAAUUGACGAUGUCCAUAGCUCUCGAGCUUUCCCAGUGUGAGUUGGACAGGAAACGUGAUGAAGUGCAGAAGUUGGAAUCACGCGUUGCGGCGGUGGAGGCGAGUCGAUCCAUACCUUGUGAAGGUUUGACGAGAACGCCUGAUGUGACUGUUGAUGAGUUGACGCGAGUCGACUAUCCAGUUGAAGUGGAAGCAGCUGUUUUGUCUGGUCUUCCGGAUAGGGCAGAUUUGCAGCGUGCACUGGACACACGAUCAUCGGAGUUGGAGACAGUAGUUGAGAAAAUGAGAGGAUGUGAAUCAGUGAAUGCAGCGUUGACGCGUGAGUGUGAGUUGUUGAAGCAUCGUGUAGAGAAGUACACAAGGGUGACGACUGAUCUGGAGAAUGAUGUGAGUCGAGCGAAGGCACUUCUGCCAGUAGUUGUGAAUGAGCUGAGAGACUUGCGCACCGACUAUGCAGAUUGGUGUAGAGAACACGAAGAACGAGUUGGUGAGUGCAUUGAAGCUGUUGGGACAGCACUAUCAGCAUCAGUUCCUGCAUCAUCGUCAUCGGAUGAUGUUGGUGGUGGUGUGGUUGAACGUGUGGACCGUGAUUGUGGAACGAGUGAUUGGCCAGAGGAGUUGUUGGAUGCUUCUGUGAGCGAAAUGAGAAGACUGUGCGAUUCGAACCGUGAGCUGUCAGAGGAUCUGUGUAAGUACCGAGAAUUGUGUGAUAAACAAGCGUCGGAGAUAUCAUCGAUGCAGAUAGCUUUGCGUGAAGCAGUUGAGCAAGCGUCAUCGUCACACAAUGAACUCGAGGCUUCUAGACAGGAGAAAGUGAGCGAGCUGUCAGAGUUGGAGAGACGACUGGCUGUUUCGAGAGAGGAGUGUUGUGCAUUACAGGAUGAAGUGAACCGACUUGAGAAGUCGAUAGAAGAGAAUUGUAAGACAGCGGUUGCAAUAGCCAGUCGAGACUGGGAGUUGCACAUAGAGCAAGUGACGAGUGAACGUGACACUGCGCUUAGAGAGUUGGAGGAACUACGUGGAAGACUGGAUGCAGCAGAGAGUGUGAAGAUUCGAGGUGUUGAAGAAGCAGAAGCACAAGCAGAAGCUGGAACAGUAGCAGGCGAAGAAGCGGUGAGGAGAGUGAUGACAAGCGAUGUGAGAACUGAGAAAGUCAUCGAGUGUGUCAUUGAACAUGAUGUUGCCUUGUCGUCAGGAUUGACACGUGACUGGAGAGAGACUGUGAGCGUGGGAGUUGGUCAUGAUGUUGACGACGACGACGAGUUGAUUGGCGGAACGGUAGUUGACGGUUGGAGCGACUACAAGUUGGAGUGGAGCGCUACUGGUGAUGAGGACAAGUGGCCGGCGAGUGUACCGAGUAGUGUUGUAUUUGUGGAUGCAGGCACUCAGGUGGUGGUUAGUGAGUUCCCGUUGAUCAGUGGUGAUGAGAGUUUGUCAAAAUCAGAGUCAGGUGUUGUUGGUGUGGUGGAUGAUGGUGUAGAUGCGACUGGUGUUGUUGAAAUGGAGGCGGUGGCUUCGGUGUCGGCGGCGGCGGCGGCGGCGUCAGAGGAGGAAUCGCGUAAGUCGAUGGACGAGCUACGUGCAGAGUUGGCCUUCUGCUAUGACCAGAUAGCGACGCUAUCGAGAUGUGUGGAGGAGAGCGGUGACUCGUUGAGAGAUGUGCGUCAUUUGUUGAGUGUGAAGGAGAGAGAGGUAGCUGAACUGGAGGAGGAGAAGCGUCGUUUGUCGGUGGAGGUGAGUGAGGGUCAUGAGACACUGUGUGCAGAACGACGCGAUUUGGAGAUGCUUCGUGCGAAUGUUUCUGCGUUGGAGAAGGAGAUGGAGGUGAUGACGAGGCGGCGACGGGAUAUUGAGAGUGGUGUAUCAGAUGGUGUUGUUGGAGAGGAAGUGUGUGUGCAAACGGAGAUGGAGGAUGUCUUCGACUUGGUGUCGAAGCUUCAGCUGGAAGUGUCUCGUCUGCGUAGUGAACAAUUGACGAUGUCCAUAGCUCUCGAGCUUUCCCAGUGUGAGUUGGACAGGAAACGUGAUGAAGUGCAGAAGUUGGAAUCACGCGUUGCGGCGGUGGAGGCGAGUCGAUCCAUACCUUGUGAAGGUUUGACGAGAACGCCUGAUGUGACUGUUGAUGAGUUGACGCGAGUCGACUAUCCAGUUGAAGUGGAAGCAGCUGUUUUGUCUGGUCUUCCGGAUAGGGCGUUAGUAGAGACUGUCGUGUGUGACACAGUAGGAGACAUUGUUCCGGAUCGACUUCAGCCACAGGCUAGUGACUCAAGUGUUGUGGGCGUUCCAGACGAGGAAGUGAUCUCACCUGUUCGUGUGAUUCAGAGUCAGACAAGACCAGUGAGUGAGGAUGCAGAACUCGACGUGUUGAGUACAGACAGUCUGAGAGAGAGACUGAGGGAUGCGAUGAACAGAAUCAGUGAACUUGAGAAUGCCAAGGCAGAGCUCAGUGUGCGUGUAUGUGAGCUGGAAGGUGUCGUUGUGUGUGACGACAAGUCGACGAGUGUGGGUGAGAGUUUGUCAAAGGAGGUUGAAGAGGCUGUCGCCUUAUCGAAACACAAUGAGGAUCUGAAGAGAGAGGUGGACUUGUUGCGAAACAGUGUAUCAGAACGCACGACACUGUUGGACGAUGUGUGCGUGGAGAUGAAUGAGAUUAGAGGAUCACUGGGCUCCCUGUUGAGUCAGGUGAGAGAUUUGCGUGCAGCACAUACGGAAGCGAACGCCGAUCGAGCCGACAUGGCGAACAAACUGAUUGAAUAUGAACGGGCUGCAGUUUGCUUGGAUUCAGCUGCCGAUGAACCGUCGAAACCCUCACUAUCCGAAUAUAACGCAUUGGACGAGAUGUGUAGAGAUUUGCAGCGUGCACUGGACACACGAUCAUCGGAGUUGGAGACAGUAGUUGAGAAAAUGAGAGGAUGUGAAUCAGUGAAUGCAGCGUUGACGCGUGAGUGUGAGUUGUUGAAGCAUCGUGUAGAGAAGUACACAAGGGUGACGACUGAUCUGGAGAAUGAUGUGAGUCGAGCGAAGGCACUUCUGCCAGUAGUUGUGAAUGAGCUGAGAGACUUGCGCACCGACUAUGCAGAUUGGUGUAGAGAACACGAAGAACGAGUUGGUGAGUGCAUUGAAGCUGUUGGGACAGCACUAUCAGCAUCAGUUCCUGCAUCAUCGUCAUCGGAUGAUGUUGGUGGUGGUGUGGUUGAACGUGUGGACCGUGAUUGUGGAACGAGUGAUUGGCCAGAGGAGUUGUUGGAUGCUUCUGUGAGCGAAAUGAGAAGACUGUGCGAUUCGAACCGUGAGCUGUCAGAGGAUCUGUGUAAGUACCGAGAAUUGUGUGAUAAACAAGCGUCGGAGAUAUCAUCGAUGCAGAUAGCUUUGCGUGAAGCAGUUGAGCAAGCGUCAUCGUCACACAAUGAACUCGAGGCUUCUAGACAGGAGAAAGUGAGCGAGCUGUCAGAGUUGGAGAGACGACUGGCUGUUUCGAGAGAGGAGUGUUGUGCAUUACAGGAUGAAGUGAACCGACUUGAGAAGUCGAUAGAAGAGAAUUGUAAGACAGCGGUUGCAAUAGCCAGUCGAGACUGGGAGUUGCACAUAGAGCAAGUGACGAGUGAACGUGACACUGCGCUUAGAGAGUUGGAGGAACUACGUGGAAGACUGGAUGCAGCAGAGAGUGUGAAGAUUCGAGGUGUUGAAGAAGCAGAAGCACAAGCAGAAGCUGGAACAGUAGCAGGCGAAGAAGCGGUGAGGAGAGUGAUGACAAGCGAUGUGAGAACUGAGAAAGUCAUCGAGUGUGUCAUUGAACAUGAUGUUGCCUUGUCGUCAGGAUUGACACGUGACUGGAGAGAGACUGUGAGCGUGGGAGUUGGUCAUGAUGUUGACGACGACGACGAGUUGAUUGGCGGAACGGUAGUUGACGGUUGGAGCGACUACAAGUUGGAGUGGAGCGCUACUGGUGAUGAGGACAAGUGGCCGGCGAGUGUACCGAGUAGUGUUGUAUUUGUGGAUGCAGGCACUCAGGUGGUGGUUAGUGAGUUCCCGUUGAUCAGUGGUGAUGAGAGUUUGUCAAAAUCAGAGUCAGGUGUUGUUGGUGUGGUGGAUGAUGGUGUAGAUGCGACUGGUGUUGUUGAAAUGGAGGCGGUGGCUUCGGUGUCGGCGGCGGCGGCGGCGGCGUCAGAGGAGGAAUCGCGUAAGUCGAUGGACGAGCUACGUGCAGAGUUGGCCUUCUGCUAUGACCAGAUAGCGACGCUAUCGAGAUGUGUGGAGGAGAGCGGUGACUCGUUGAGAGAUGUGCGUCAUUUGUUGAGUGUGAAGGAGAGAGAGGUAGCUGAACUGGAGGAGGAGAAGCGUCGUUUGUCGGUGGAGGUGAGUGAGGGUCAUGAGACACUGUGUGCAGAACGACGCGAUUUGGAGAUGCUUCGUGCGAAUGUUUCUGCGUUGGAGAAGGAGAUGGAGGUGAUGACGAGGCGGCGACGGGAUAUUGAGAGUGGUGUAUCAGAUGGUGUUGUUGGAGAGGAAGUGUGUGUGCAAACGGAGAUGGAGGAUGUCUUCGACUUGGUGUCGAAGCUUCAGCUGGAAGUGUCUCGUCUGCGUAGUGAACAAUUGACGAUGUCCACAGCUCUCGAGCUUUCCCAGUGUGAGUUGGACAGGAAACGUGAUGAAGUGCAGAAGUUGGAAUCACGCGUUGCGGCGGUGGAGGCGAGUCGAUCCAUACCUUGUGAAGGUUUGACGAGAACGCCUGAUGUGACUGUUGAUGAGUUGACGCGAGUCGACUAUCCAGUUGAAGUGGAAGCAGCUGUUUUGUCUGGUCUUCCGGAUAGGGCGUUAGUAGAGACUGUCGUGUGUGACACAGUAGGAGACAUUGUUCCGGAUCGACUUCAGCCACAGGCUAGUGACUCAAGUGUUGUGGGCGUUCCAGACGAGGAAGUGAUCUCACCUGUUCGUGUGAUUCAGAGUCAGACAAGACCAGUGAGUGAGGAUGCAGAACUCGACGUGUUGAGUACAGACAGUCUGAGAGAGAGACUGAGGGAUGCGAUGAACAGAAUCAGUGAACUUGAGAAUGCCAAGGCAGAGCUCAGUGUGCGUGUAUGUGAGCUGGAAGGUGUCGUUGUGUGUGACGACAAGUCGACGAGUGUGGGUGAGAGUUUGUCAAAGGAGGUUGAAGAGGCUGUCGCCUUAUCGAAACACAAUGAGGAUCUGAAGAGAGAGGUGGACUUGUUGCGAAACAGUGUAUCAGAACGCACGACACUGUUGGACGAUGUGUGCGUGGAGAUGAAUGAGAUUAGAGGAUCACUGGGCUCCCUGUUGAGUCAGGUGAGAGAUUUGCGUGCAGCACAUACGGAAGCGAACGCCGAUCGAGCCGACAUGGCGAACAAACUGAUUGAAUAUGAACGGGCUGCAGUUUGCUUGGAUUCAGCUGCCGAUGAACCGUCGAAACCUUCACUAUCCGAAUAUAACGCAUUGGACGAGAUGUGUAGAGAUUUGCAGCGUGCACUGGACACACGAUCAUCGGAGUUGGAGACAGUAGUUGAGAAAAUGAGAGGAUGUGAAUCAGUGAAUGCAGCGUUGACGCGUGAGUGUGAGUUGUUGAAGCAUCGUGUAGAGAAGUACACAAGGGUGACGACUGAUCUGGAGAAUGAUGUGAGUCGAGCGAAGGCACUUCUGCCAGUAGUUGUGAAUGAGCUGAGAGACUUGCGCACCGACUAUGCAGAUUGGUGUAGAGAACACGAAGAACGAGUUGGUGAGUGCAUUGAAGCUGUUGGGACAGCACUAUCAGCAUCAGUUCCUGCAUCAUCGUCAUCGGAUGAUGUUGGUGGUGGUGUGGUUGAACGUGUGGACCGUGAUUGUGGAACGAGUGAUUGGCCAGAGGAGUUGUUGGAUGCUUCUGUGAGCGAAAUGAGAAGACUGUGCGAUUCGAACCGUGAGCUGUCAGAGGAUCUGUGUAAGUACCGAGAAUUGUGUGAUAAACAAGCGUCGGAGAUAUCAUCGAUGCAGAUAGCUUUGCGUGAAGCAGUUGAGCAAGCGUCAUCGUCACACAAUGAACUCGAGGCUUCUAGACAGGAGAAAGUGAGCGAGCUGUCAGAGUUGGAGAGACGACUGGCUGUUUCGAGAGAGGAGUGUUGUGCAUUACAGGAUGAAGUGAACCGACUUGAGAAGUCGAUAGAAGAGAAUUGUAAGACAGCGGUUGCAAUAGCCAGUCGAGACUGGGAGUUGCACAUAGAGCAAGUGACGAGUGAACGUGACACUGCGCUUAGAGAGUUGGAGGAACUACGUGGAAGACUGGAUGCAGCAGAGAGUGUGAAGAUUCGAGGUGUUGAAGAAGCAGAAGCACAAGCAGAAGCUGGAACAGUAGCAGGCGAAGAAGCGGUGAGGAGAGUGAUGACAAGCGAUAUGGGGACUCCGGUGUUCGGCUACUCGACACAUGAUAAAUCACUUUGUUCUGGUCUUACGCCGGUUAAUUUUGAUUCAAUGAAUAUUGGCGUUUCAGGUGAAGCCCUCGUGUGUUCAGCCUCUAUGGAAUUUCCGCGUUUUUCUGUUUCUUUGCCAUCACUUUCUCCCUCUGGUUCACGUUUUGUUUCAUCCCCGUCUCAGUUACCCUUUUCUGUUAUUCAACCUCGUGAACCUGAUCAAUUGUUUACAUCUGGUCUUGAUUCUGAACUUUCUCAUUUACGUCGUCAAUUUUCUAAAACUUCAAUGUCUUUAAUGUAUGCCGUUGAUUUGGUUGAUUAUUGUUUCAAUCUCUUGUUGUUAUUUACUCGUCUAUUGACUGAAAUCCUGCACAACUCAUCGUCUUCCAUUCUAGACAGUCAUAUGUCUUCCAAUGUAAUAAACAGUUUGAAAAAUAUUCUAUCCAUUUCAAAUUCAUCUUAUUUUACUGAAUAUUUUGGUGAUUAUACUCAGAUUUUAUCAGAAUUUACAAAUUUAUGUGAUCUCAUCACAUCGAAUCAUCAAUCCACAUGUUCAAUUUGUCAUCAAAUCAUUGUGAACAACGAUUCGUUGAUUUUAUCUAGUUUAUGCGUGAAUUGUCUGACAGAUUUAGAAGGUUUAAAUUAUGCCAGUUUUAGAGAAUUUAUCAAUUUGAGUAAGACGACUCAAUAUCCUAAUGUCGCGUCUACUGAUUCUUUUGAUAUACCCUCUGAACAUCCUACAACUAACGAUAUGAAUGAUGAAAUAAGUGAAGCUAUCAGACAGUCACCUACUUACCUAGCUGUACCUAUCAAUGCCGAGGAUGAGAUUCGUGAUACUACUCAUGAAACUACUAUCACUACUAUUCCAAGUGAAUUACUUCAUACUAUCCAAGAACUUGAGCAUAAACUUUUAAUCGCCGAAUCAGAAAGAAAUCGUUUAAAUCAAUUAAUCGAUUCAUUAUCAGCGUCAACGUCUUCACCUCAAGACACUGAUGAAUACAAACAAUUACAACUUAACGAUUCAAACAUCAAUAAUACAAAUAAUAAUAAGCAUUUAAAAUUAUUUAUUCAUGAAGUACUUGAAGAAAUUUAUAAAUAUUUAAAAGGAUCCAUAGAAAAGUCAUCCUCGUCUUCAUCGCCUUCAAUAUCUUUCAUUGAAUCUAUUCAAAAAUUAAUUUGUUUAAAUCGUCAAGUGAAUGAUUACAUUGACCUUGAAAGCAUUUCCCGCCGUUUUGAAAAUAUAGAACAAUCAUUAUUAUCGAAGAGUUUAAAACAAAAAGACAAUGGUGAUGAUAUCUUGGAGAUGCAAAAACGAUUGGAACAAAUGAAGUCAGAUUAUGAAAAGCUAUGUUUUGAAAAUAUUUAUUUAACCAAAAAAAUCAAUACACUAUUAUCAAUUGAUAAUGAAGAUAAAUUAGAUAUUGGAAGAAGUAUAUUGCAUUGUACAAUAGAACAAUUGAAACAAUUGAAUACAAUGAUCAGUAAAUCAAUAAUUGAUCGAAGUUGUUAUCCACUUGAUAGUAUAGAUGAUACAUUCAAAACAUUGGAUAAUAUUCAUUUGACAAAUAAUUUAAUGAUGACAUUAAAUACCAGGGCAUAUAGAUCAGAAAUCGUUCAAUGUUAUCAAUGUGUUAAACAGUUAAUUGAAGAAAAUUUAAAAUUAAAGACUUUACAAGAAUCAAAGCUACCCUCUCCAUCAGAUGUGGAUGAUGCUGAUGAUGGCGAUACGCUACCGGCUUAUCAACUUGAUGACAAUCCUCAUGAACAAUUCUCUACCCUGAAGACUUCCUUGUCAACCACUAUGAAUUGCUUGUUGAAUCGUGUAGACGAAUUAACUCAAAGAAUUGAUGUACUACAAUUGAGAAUUGAAAAAUCUUCAAAACAACGUCAAGUUGACCGUCUUGAACAGCCUGAAGAGGACAUGAAUAACCGAAUGUUAAAGGAUGAAUUAACUGCAUUAAGAAGACGAGACAUUGAAUGGGAAGUUAACAUUAAUACCCUUUACAAUUGUUUAUCACAAGUGAUCGAUAAAGACAAAAGCAUGGAGAAGACGAUGAAGGAUGGAGGAGUAAAACAGCAGCCCCAGGAGGCGGAAGUGGAGAACAAUGUUAUGAAAGAAGACGAAAAGUCCACAAAACAGUCUAUUCAUCAUCCAAAUGAAAUAUUACCACAAUUUAAUCAAUACAUCAAUACUAUACAAACACAAAUGUCUAGAAUAGCCAAUCUUGAAAAUCAAUACAAUGAACUUAAUGCACAAUUGAAUCAAUUAUCCGAGGAAUAUGAACAAGCACGUUGUGAAGUUGAACAACUACAGACAACCGCGAAUCAACAAACAAAUGAAGCUGAUAGAUAUACUAAUAUGUUAGAUUAUUUAGUAGCUAAAAUUAUUGAUCUUUCAAGUGAAUUACCUGAUCCCAUUUCAUCUCUUGAUGAUGAUGAUGAUGAUGAUAAUCAGGAUCAUGAUCAUGAUGACGGUAAUCAGGAUCAGGAUCAUCAUGGAUUAGAUGUUAUGCGCAUUCGAAAAUCUUCAUCUAGUACAGAUAUUGAACUUAUAUUGAUAAGAAUUAAAAAAUACCUUUGUGAGUAUAAAUCAAUACAAGAAAGGCUGAGACAAGUUGAAGAAGAGAAGGCCGUGCUCAUCAGUCAAUUAGCAAAACAAUAUGACCAACCAGAAGUCGAAGAAGUAGUGGAAGAAAAGAUAGAGAUGAGUAAAGAAGAUGUUGUUAUCCAUGAAGUACCCACACCUCUGCCUGUCUUUUUCAAAGAGAAACCUGUAGAAAAGGCUGAAACUGUCGGUACUGAAUAUCUUCAAAUGAUGUCAUAUGCUAUGUCACCACCCCAACCACCUUCGUCUCCAUCCUCUUCUCAUAAAGAUACUAAACCAGUUAUCGAUCAAUUGUCUACUAUAAAAGAUGAUAUCACCCUAUUAAAGAGUGAAACGAUCAAUAUGAUCGAAAUUAUGAAUCAAAAACUUGAAAAUACCAUUGAAUACACCUCAAAGAAAAUAUCUACUCAUGUUGUUCUAGACCGCCAGCAAACAUCUUCACCAUCGUCACCUUUAGCGAAAAAAUCACAGAUAUUAUUCAACUUUACAAAAGACUUAACCACUACAGUGGCACUGGAACCGUCCAUAAAUAAUCUCGUGGAAAGUCCGCUAGAAGUCAUCUCAGAAGAUGAUCUCACCGAAUCCCUGAAUGACCUACUCAACAGGAUAAAAGAUACUUUAAAAGAGAGAACGUUAGAUGGUGAUAUACAUAUUAUUGAUUCAAAACUUAUGCACAACUACGUACUACUCAUCAAUAAAUUAAGUAGUAUGCUUCACCUUCCAUAUGAUGAUAAUCUUUCAACAUCCAAUGAAUCAGAUCGAUCCAAUGCACAAAUUGAAGAAAUUCUCAAUCGCCUACCAAAUCUUUUAACGGAUAAAAUGAAUGAAUUAUGCGAAUAUAUUGAACAAUUACUUAUCGAUUUAACUGACAUUGAAGAAGCCGAUCAAUAUUCUAUAAAAGUCAACCAAUUUUCAAAUUAUCUUAUCACUAAUUCAUUAGAGUCUAUAAAGCUUCCUGAAAGAUUUAUCCAACUGUAUAAACAGCUUCUUCAUCAGUCUGUAUCAAAGACACUUGUCGAUGUUUACUCCACUGGUAGUGGUAGUGGUGGCCAAUUGGAGACUGCAGAAGAAGAAGACGUAUCAAGAAUUGAAUUGGCUUCAAUUCUGAGAAAUAUAAUAAAGAGUUGUACAAUCCAUGAGAAUAAUUAUCGACUAUUACAAGUACAGUUAUCGCAAGAUGCUGCGGUAUCAUCACUCACUACUACAACUGAUACACUCGAUAAUGAUGAAAUCGAUACUGAUCUAUUCACUUUAUCAUUCAAUGAAUUAAUUGACCUUCUAUCACAGAAAUGGUUACAAUUUGAUAAUCGAUUAAAAGAAUUUAUUGAUUAUAUUAGAGAAGUGAUCGCUAAACGAAUCGAUAAUAAACCUCAACAAGAACAAUUCAUGGAUUCAAGUGUUAAAAGAAUAACAAAACAUCAUCAUCAAUCGAUUUACAAAAGAUAUCGAUCAAAUUCAUUUUCAUACUCCCCCAGAUUAUCUUGUAAUAAUAAUAAGCUGGUAUCAAUUAAGAAUAAGAAUAAAUCAAUGUUAACUUUGUCAAUAUCCACAUCAGCAACCAGCUCAUUACAGUAUACAUCAUUAUUAGAAUUAUUAACAGUUCUCGAAUUAUAUACUCCAGCGUUUUUAAUGUAUAUUGAACCAAUGAAAGAGAUGCGUUUAGCGUAUCAUUUAAGAAUGGAUACUUUGAAGUGGGGAUUACAUCAAUUGAGGAGAUAUUUAAUGCGCCUUACACCAUCAACACCCUCAACAACAGCAACAACGAUAACCACGACGACGACAACAACGUACACCGAAGAAUUAAACACAUAUUUACAACGCAUAAAUACUUAUUUACAUGUAAAAGAAUUAUACACUAAAAAGGUGUUGAAUGAUCUACGGUCAGAGUUAAUAUCAUUGAAUAGACAAAAGCAUAAAUUAUUGAAAAGAAAAGUGUCAAAUGUCACGACAACAACAACAACAACAAUGUCGACGACAAAAACAGUCGGUCUUCUGCCUAUUCCAUCAACAUCUUCAUCUACAACAAGUAUUCUACCGACUGUUAUCUAUGAAGAUGAAGAAGUUUUACAGGAGAAGUUGAUUUAUACAAAAGACAGGCUGAAACAAACUAUACUUAUUUAUAAAUGUAUACAAGAAUUGCUAAAUUAUCAAUCCGAUUAUUAUUAUAAUUAUUAUUAUCACUAUAAUAUAAAAUCGAUCGAUAAUGCUCAGGAGGUAACUGUUGAUGAUGAUAAUCAUCGAGGUAGACGACGACUGAGUGGCACAAGGAGUACUCUUUGUCGUAGUCAAUUAUCAAAUUACGCAAGCACAGAUUAUUGGGAAGGUGAGACUGAUGAUACUUACGACCAGAAUCGUAAUCUAAAUCAAUCACAAACUACUCUAUUAUAUAAUUAUGAUCCUGAUGAUAUGAAUCUAUUGUAUAUUGGUAGUAGUAGUGGUAAUAACGAUCAGGAGCAUCGUGAUCCACAUAAUGAACUGGAAUAUGCUCUACGCCUGCUGCAUAUACGUGAUACUGAGCUGUUGUAUCUCAUAUCCCUUCAACAUAAGAAUAAUAACACCGAUACAGGAUACAAUAAUCUAAAAUUCAAUCUGUCAACAUCAUCACGGUUGACCUCCCCCACUGCUGCUGUUCCUGCUGUUGCUUCUACUACUACUAACAAUGAUAUCAGUAGUAGAGGUAGUAGUAGUCAAUGGCUUAAAGAGAAAUUGGAUAAAUUUAUGCAUUGGAAUAAUGUACAACCGAUUGAUGUGCAUAGUAUACCAAUUCAUCGUAUUGAAUUUAGUCAGCGUCAACACCUUCAGCAACAAUCACAACAACAAAUAAUCGAUAUGAUGACUACUACACCUAAUCUUAUGAUGAAAAGUCAUUUAUCUAGUACAGAUGAUGAAAGAUCAACUCCACUGUUUACAAGUCAAUCAUUUGAUCAUAUGACGUAUUAUUAUGAAGACGAAACAGAUAUAUACGAACAACAUUUGUACACAUUAAUCCAGAUUGCAAUGAAUAAAUUAGAUCAAUUGAAUAAAAGUUAUACAGAACCCAAGAGACAAUUAUUAUUAUCCCCAGAUCGUGAAGAUGAACUCACUGAAUUACUCGAUAGAAUGAUUAAAUUAAUCCCAUUAGAAGGUGGUCAUGCUAGUCAUGUGAAUAAGACGGCAGAUAGUGAAUCAAUUUAUUCUCAGCUGCUCGGUAAACGUUUAACGACAACAAUGGUAGGAGCGGCGGCAACGACUACCACUACCACAAUAAUGAUGACAACCCCAGCUGCUAUAACUGCUAUCAUGACUACAACUACGACGACAAUGUCAGCAGGCCCAUCGUCAACAUCAUCCUAUUCUCAUUAUUAUAAGCCCAUCUCUGGUACCUGUGACUCUUCUGAUCUUAGUUUAAUGACGAAUAUGACUUAUCCUUAUCCAAAACGUGCAGAGAAAGCACCAAUUCAUGAUUUAGUCGAUUCUGUGGAUCAUUUAAAGAAUUUACAUGAGUUACGCAGUCUAGCUAAAUAUCUAUUAGAUCAAUAUCAUAUUGUUACAACUGAAUUGGAAUUACAAUCUGAUACAAAUUGGUGUUUAAGACAACGAUUAAGCAAUGCCAAUAGUCAAUUGGAUCGUUUAACUGAUCUACUGAAUAAAAGUAGUCGAACAUUUCAAUCGAUUGAUGAACGGCUAACCGCAGAAAUACAUAAACAUUCAACGCUAACAGAACAAUGUGAUGCAGCACGUCGAGAUACACGUCGAGUUGUACAUACUUUAAGUGAAAUCAGUCAACGGCAUAAACCGACAAGUGGUCAACGGUUAAAUUUUGUUCCAGAUUCUUCAGAAUAUUUGAUGAGAAGUGGUCCAUCAUCAUCUAUUCAAACAAUGGAGAGUAAAUCUGCCUACAAGAUGAAAUCAAAAUCAAAACCUCAAAUGCCACAGUCAACAGCAUCAACAUCAAUACAGUCAAGAAUUAGUGAUCCUGACUUCUUUGUAUUGAAUAGAGUAUAUGUUCCAUUUAGAAUGAUGCAAUCCAUAUCAUCACAAACCGAUAAACGCUGUAAACUCUCCUGCCUACCAUAUAGUGCCAGUAGUCUUACUUGUGGUCCAAAGUUAAAACGUUCUACAAGUCGUAGUAGUAGGAGUAGUAGGAGUUCUAAUAAACUAACUAACCAUCGAUCAGAUUCACGUAAACGUCAUCAGGCGUCAACACCAACUAUUAUUAUGCCUAUUUCUUCAUCAACUAGUUAUAGACGACCAUCGAAUACACCUGGUAGUAGUGGUAGUCAUAGUCAUCUUCAAGAAGGAGGCCGAGGAGUAGAUGUACAGUCUGAAGGCAUGAAUACUCAACAAACGAAUAAUAAUAAUUAUUAUACAAAUUGGAGUGAAUUUGAAUCAGGUCAACGUAAACUACAGUCGGUAUCAUUAUCGAUUGAAAAAGAUCUAUUACGCUAUUAUCACCAUCAACAACAUCCAAGUGAAUCCGCACCCUAUUUAGGCCUACCAUGUUCUUCUUCAACAAUGAUCUCCGAAGAAGACGAAGAAGAAACAGAAAAAAGUAAAGAACAUCCGUGUGAAACUCAUCCAUUAUUAGAAGAAUAUUACAGAAAUCAAGAAGAAGAACAACAACAACAAUCAAUCAUUACACCGUCAUCUUUAUUAUCUCCACCGCCGCCGCCGACGGUGUUGAUAAAAAGUGAAAAUUCCACUUCAUCACCAUCUACUUCAUCCUCUUUAUCAUUUACUAGUUUAGAAUCACAUUCACGUUCUGCUAUUCAUGGUGUGAAUAAUGAAAGUCAAGCCGCCAGUAGUGUUGGCGGUAGUCGUAGUCGUCAGUUACCACUUCGACAGAAAAAAACUAAAUUUUCAUCACGUUUUAUGAAUUUAUUCAAUAAAUCGAAUUCUAAAAAGUCAUAAAAAACACAAAGAAUAUCAUCAUGUACACAAUGUAUGUAUGUAUGUACUACUCAUGGGUGUAAACAUGAGGACAUGUGACGUGUACGUACGUCGUACACUUACGUUCAUUACAUAUAUAUACAUUUCCAUAGAUUCAUCUUGUUUUGUUUUUUCCGGUGUUGCUCCGAUGUUGUUUUUUGCUUGUUUCUUGCUUUCUUUCUUUGUUUUCUCAUGUUUUGCUCUUUGCUUUCUAUCCUCCUCUGUUUUUGUUUACGCAAUAACAACAAUAAUAAUCACAACAGAGAACAUAAAAAUCAAUACAAUUGAUUGAUUGAUUGAGUAUUGGUUGCCUCCCUCCCUCCCUCCCUCCGUCCCUCGCUCUCUCCUUCUUCUCUACUCAACUUUAUCUUUAUUCAUGAUUAUUGAUUAUCUAUGUUGUUGUUGUUGUUGUUAUCCACCAUCUGCUCUGUUUCAUGCUGAUGAUUUCAUCUGGACGUGUUGUAUGUUCACAAUUGAUAUAUUGAUUUUGCUUCCUAUUCUUUUUACACACACGAAGGCAUCAACGCACGGAUGUAUUCUACUUAAAGACUUGCUUGUGUUAAUUACACUUGUUUCAAAGUUAUUGUGUGUGUGUGUGUGUGUGUGUUAAAUUGUGUAAAUCGAUAAUAAUUCCCUUUUCUAUUUUUCAUUAUUACAUUUUGUCAUUCGGUAUCUUUCAUACAUUCUUGUGUAUUGAUUUUGUCACAUACCAAAGGCCUAUAACUGUGUAGAAACUUAGGCAAAAGAAUGCAUCCUCACAAGCACACUCAUGCACAUUUUACAGAUUUUUUUUUGACACAGAAUUUAAUACAUCAAUCAAUUACAACGAAAUAAAAUAAAUACACCACUUACAACCACCCACCUACACAAAAACACACAUACGCGCAUUGACGUGUGUGUGUGUGUGUCGACGUCAUAUUUUGUCAUCGUUAUCGUUAUUCUUGACCUCUCCUUGUUCUUGUUCUUCUUCUCUUUAUGUUGUACGUUUCUGUCAGUUAUAAGUGUCUUUCCUACCACCCUGUUUCUUUCAUUGCAGAUAUCCCAAUAUUAUUUGUAUAUGUGAUUGUGUAUUUUGCUGUCUCCCACCCACCCACCUACACAACAACUCAAUAAACCAGCCUAAAUGUACUCUACUCAAAUCUAAUCUAAAUGUAAUCUAAGUGCAUUUUGGCGAUUCCACCCCCCCCCAUCUUGUUAUGUAUGUAUUUUGUCUUUCUCUGUGUGUUUCUGAAUGAGCACCUUGUGUUUUUGCGCCCUCCGUCCCCUGAGACAGCAUUAUUUUCCUUCAGUUCACUCUUCGGUGUGUGUGCGUGGGCGUGUGCGCGCGCGCGUAAAUGAAAUGUGCCAUAUAUAUUUUUUUAAAUGACCUCGAUUUUUCGAUCUUUUCUCUGUUUACCUCAUUUCGGUUUUGUCUUCUUUCAUGUUUUCUUUUUGUUUGAAUGUUUGAAACUUUUACUUGCACAUGUAUAUUAGGCAACAUACACACUCUACGCAAGCACGCACGCACGCACGCACACAUGAGGACAGAAACCAAAUCCUCUUUAUUUAUUUUUUUUGAUCUUUACUCACUUUCCUUUUGACUUCACUUUCUUUCCGUUUUGAGUCGUCUAUCUUGUUGUUGUAUAUUCUCAUCUUCUCUGUCUCUCCCUCUCCCUCACUGUAGUUAUGUACUGAUGUCUGUGUGUGAGUGUGUGUGUGUGUAUAGGUGCGACGUCUGUGUAUGUAUAUAUAUGUGCAUAUAUAUAUCAACCAGAACUGGCGUAUGUAUCCUGUACACAAAAAAAUAACAAAACAUGAACAGUUCUAGGCUGUAAUGAUGAUCAAACGUGCCGUCAUCAUCAAGAUGCUCAUUGUCAUCGUUAUUAUUUCCGACUUGUGACUUGUUGUCAUUAACAACUAUUAGAUAUCGCCUUUCUAUCAUUAUUAUUAUUAUUAUCACAUUGUCAAUGUCAUCAGUGCGUCCGCCUAUCUGUCUAUCUUUGUGUUUGUGUGUGUGUGUGUGUGUAAUCAAUUUCUUUUUUCUCUCAUUCCUGUCAUAUAAAUAAAUAUUCAUUUUUUUCUGGAUAC